AUGGAUGAUGAUAGGGAGAUACCUCUUAUUGUAGGGAUACCGUUUUUAGCCACGUCAAGAACUCUCAUUGAUUGUGCCAGUGGCAAUCGAGACGAUAGCGGAAACGAGAGUAGGAAGGAAAAAGUUUGCUUUAUAGACUCAACAAAAAUUCCUCCAAAAUAUGGUCGAAAAAGUUGGGGAGUUCACGACAAUGAGAGUGCAAGGAAACGGAUGUUGCCACCCAAAGAGCCAAACAAGUCACGAGUUAAGGCGUAUGUAAUCUAUUGGGUUCAUAAGGAUAGAGUCAAACGGAAAUUUCACAACAGACAAUUGGUGUCAUUGUGCAAAUCCCGUUUUUGGUUAUUCCCAAACAAGCUCAAAUUAAAGUGGUCGGAGCCGUUCAUUGUCCCAGAAAUUCUUCCUCACGAAGUAGUCAAAAUAAAAGAGUGUCACUCGGAUCGCAUGUUUAAAGUUAACGGGAGCCGGCUCAAGCAUUAUUGGGGAGGCAGUGAAGAUUGUCAAGUGACUCCGGUCACUUCAACUUAA